AUGCUGUCGUCUGUGGAAUCAAACACUCAGGCUGCGAUUUCCGCCCUCUUCGUGUUUCUCGAGGCCCAAGGACAGGGAGAUUACCUAGGAGAGCGAAUUACGCAGCUCGAGCACUCGCUGCAAUGCGCCCAUCUCGCGCGCCAGUCGCCUGAAUACGGGAACGACAAGGAAGUGGUCCUAGCUGCCCUCCUGCAUGAUGUCGGUCGGUUCAUCCCUGCUGCCAACAAAAUGGCCCGGAUGGUCGGAACCGACGGCAAGUUUAUUGGGAGACAGAGUCACGAAAUUCUCGGCGAGAAUUAUCUCCGCGAGUUGGGAUUUAGCCAGAAGGUCUGCGCGCUGGUUGGUGCUCAUGUUAUGGCCAAGAGGUACCUAGUUGCCACGGACAAGGCGUACUAUGAUGGGUUGAGUGAGACAAGCAAGCGCACUUUGGUCUACCAGGGAGGUGCUUCCUUCUUCACUCCAGAGCAGAUCAAGGAAGCCCAGGCGGAUCGUCUGUUAGAUGCCAAACUGGCUGUCAGACGAUGGGAUGACCAGGCUAAGGACCCGAAUUUCACGGCGCCGCCGCUGGAAGAAUAUCGGCAGUUGGCAUACGAGUGUCUUCUGGUAGAAUCACGCAACACCUUCAUGCUCCAUUCCCGAGAGUAUCACCUCCCUCAAGCCCCCACGGUGGUCGUCUGUAUUGACGGUUUCGAUCCCGAAUACCUUGCCUCCGGUAUCGAGCGAAACGAUCUUCCUACUUUCAAGUCCAUGGUAGAGAACGGAUUUCACGCAACAGCGACAAGUUGCAUGCCCUCCUUCACUAAUCCAAACAAUGUCUCCAUAAUCACAGGUGCUCCUCCGGCCAUGCAUGGAAUCGCAGGGAACUUUUUCCUGGACCGUGCUACCGGCAAGGAACGGAUGAUUACAGACGACACGCUUCUGCGGGGCUCCACUCUCCUCGCGAAGAUGGCCGAGAGGGGCGUGCGCGUGGCAGCCAUUACGGCGAAGGAUAAGCUGCGCAGGAUUCUCGCCCACGGGUGUCAAACGCCGCCGGCAAUUUGCUUUUCCUCUGAGCGGGCGGCGGAAUGCACGGUGGAAGAGAAUGGAAUAUCUGGUGUAGAGCAGUGGUUGGGUCGACCCGCGCCGAGCCAGUAUUCUGGCGACCUCUCGCUCUACGUGCUGGACGCGGGUAUCAAGCUACUUCAAGAAGAAAGAGCCGACUUCUUCUAUCUCACUCUGUCCGAUUUUAUCCAGCAUAAGCAUGAACCGGGGAGUAAAGAGGCGGAUCAAUUUAUGAAAGGGAUUGAUGACCGGCUGAGGGAAUUGGUGGAGCUUGGGGCCGUGGUCGGAGCCACUGGAGACCAUGGUAUGAGCGCAAAAUCCAAUGCCAACGGAGAACCUAAUAUCCUCUUCCUGGAGGACGUGCUGAAUGAGAGGUUCGGCGUUGAAGCGACCCGUGUUAUCUGUCCCAUUACAGAUCCAUUCGUACGGCACCAUGGCGCCCUGGGCUCCUUUGUACGCGUGUACCUUAAGGAUGUAACACAACUGGAGUCAGUGAUCUCUGUUUGUCGGUCUCUUCCUGAGGUUUGGGAAGUGUUGAGCGGAUAUGAAGCAGCUAGAAAGUACGACAUGCCUCCGGAUCGAGAGGGCGAUAUCGUAGUCAUUUCGACUGCGAAUAGCGUCAUUGGGAGCAGCAGGGCGAAGCAUGAUCUCUCGACUGUAAAAGAUCAUCCAUUGCGGUCACAUGGGGGCCUUAGCGAGCAAGAUAUACCAGUUAUCACCUCCCGACCGGUUAAAGAUCCUGAAGCGGCAGGGGCAAGGAACUGGAGAAACUACGAUAUCUUUGAUUUGGUGCUCAAUUGUUGCGCAUAA